CUUUUGCUGUGUAGCUGGUCACAGAGUUUGACAGCAAUAACACACAAAAUACCGGAGGACAAAAAAACGUGCUCUGGUUCUGAGAAUUGGGACGAAACUGCCAAUAAAAAGAGGUCGAAUUUAAUCACCCGAGUUUCUACAGACGUUUUUGCUCAAGCCAAAACAAGGUUUAGAACCGAACAAUGGGGCGCAUCUUCUUGGAUCAUAUUGGAGGAACUCGCCUCUUCUCUUGUGCCAACUGUGACACCAUCCUGACCAACCGAGCUGAGCUCAUCUCCACACGCUUCACUGGAGCAACUGGCCGAGCUUUCCUGUUCAACAAGGUUGUGAAUCUGCAGCACAGCGAGGUCCAGGACAGAGUCAUGCUGACAGGGAGACACAUGGUGCGCGAUGUCAGCUGCAAGAACUGCAACAGCAAACUGGGCUGGAUGUAUGAGUUUGCCACCGAGGAAAGUCAGCGCUACAAGGAGGGCCGUGUCAUCCUGGAGAGGGCGCUAGUGAGGGAGAGUGAAGGCUUCGAGCGUGUUCCUUCCGACAACUCCUGAGCUUGCACUACAGCAUACUUUCUUCAGCUUUCCCUCCUGCAGCAUGGAGGUGCAAAGACAGUGGUGUGCCAUUUACGAGUAGAGCCACAGCUAAAUAAAAUAACAGACUCUAUGUGGAAUGUUAAAACAAGACAUGGUGAAUAUUUUCCCAUAACCAGUAAAAUACCACUGGUUCUCUACUCAUGUAAAACCGCCCACAAUUGUAAUGUGAGCCCAACGCUGUGGUGUUUUUUUUGUUUUUUUAUGUGUUGGGUGGGAUUUUGGUUACUGUCAGGAUGAGAGGCUUUUUUGUUCUCGUGCCACACAAGUUCAGACAGUUUGUUAUGCAGGGAUAUAGCUAAUAACAGCACACACUGAAUGUACUGAUGCUGAGGAGAAGUCAUUCAUUUGUUUAGAGAGUCCCCCAAGAAGUUCACAGCAGUGCAUUCCAUUUCUGUCAACUGCUCAAUAUAAUAUGGCUGAAACUCUGUUUUUCAUAUGCAGUAAGUAAGUAAGUAUUUUAUUUAUUAGCUUUACCUCAAUAUAGGAACAUGAUCAAUGUAAAACAAAAUAAAAGAAAUUAAACAUUUAAUUAUCUCACCAUAAUGUAUCCAUUGUAUAUCUAUUCUCUAUUUCAACAUAAUGAAAAUAUGAUCAUAUUUUACAGGGAUGGUGGACAAAAGACAACUUCUUCCACUCUCUGGAUUUAAUGAUCAUAUUUCCAUGUUCUGUUCAACUGUAUGACUAAUAACUCACCUGGUGACCUGUUGUUAAAUUAUUUGACUGGACUCUGAAAAACACGUUUGUAAAAUCAAUAAACCAAACAGUGUUGGUGAAGUA